GUGAUCAAUAAUGUAGUAGAUGUACGAACCAAAACAAAAUCUCAAUAGGUAGUAAAAGAUCUCUGGUGGCGCAUGCUGAUGAUCCGCCAUCGCUGUCAGCUCCACUUUCCAGUCGUCGUACAGAGCGGGGCUAUGAAGUAGAUGAAGAAUUAGAUGAAGAAUGGUCGACACGAUAGCUGCUCCGUAGGUAGGUGGGCUGGAGUACAUAGGUCGAAUCACGAGUUUCAGCUGGCUUUCCACACGAGCUGCGACUGAGGAGUCCCUGACCACAAUGCUCAGGGCUCCGACUCGUUCUCCAUACAAACCAUGUUCCAUGUUCUUGGCGUAGCUCUGGGCGAUGAAGGGUUCCCCAGCGACAAACCUGCGAACCGUGAACGUGUCGGUGUGCAAGCUUCCGCUGGAGAAACCCUGAUAGGCGCUGUCGAAAAAGGGCAGCUGAUGCUUGUCAUUUCGGCUCACCUGUCGCAGGCCCUCCCACUCCUCCUGAGUGAGAUCUACGCCAGUGGGAUUGCACCUACAGCACCGAUCCAGUGGGUGCUGCUCUCAAAUUGUCGAUCAUGCCCUCGUGGUCCAGUCCUCGGGUCUUGGGGUUGUAAUAUCUGUAGGCUCUGGAUUCCAACCCAGCGAGUGGGAAAAUCUUCAAGUGGUUGCCCCAUGUCGAAGAUGUAAUUCGAGACUCUUGUCAAAAACUUCUCCCCAUACAAGCAGAAAUGGACAGUUAGUCGAGUCUUUUUUUUGCUGAGGACAGAAACUAUCAUAAGUGUAGCAUCCUCUACACCUGCUAUGUCCACAUUCUAAUCCUGUGUACCAUUACCUGCAUCAGUUAAGAGGAAAUCUUUCUCAAUUUCAUCCGCUGCUAGAGAAUCUCCUACUUUCCCGGACACUGUACAUUGAAUGUUUCCUCCUUCACAACCUCCUGUUGGAGAGUCUUCAGAACCAGGUUCUGUAUAUUCUCCAGAACCUUCAUAGUUCUCAAUGUUAUUUUCCUGUACAGAACCUUUGUAAUCCUGUACAAAGGUAUUGUUGACACCUUCCAUCUUCAAGGACAAGGCGACACCUUCCAUCUUCAAGGACAAGGCGAGUUUUCUGCGUCUAGUUCUACGUCUUCGCGAUUUGGUUGGGGGUCUGAGGGUAUCCGAGCGUCCUUCUUCUGCUACUACACCUGCACCUGAUUGGUUUCCUCGUUCUAGUUCGCAAUCAGCCAUUAGUAUUUUGAGGCCGGAAAUGUCCUCCACGGAUAUCUUUCUCCUAAAAAAAUUCUGUUGUACACUAGGGGAUUGGUUUCCUUGUUCUAGUUCGCAAUCAGCCAGUAAUAUUUUGAGGCCGGAAAUCUCCUCCACUGAUAUCUUUCUCGCAGAAAAAAUCUGCACUUCCUCUCCAUCAGGAUUAGAAGUGAUAUGUGCAGAGGGUAUCUGAACAUUUGUUGUGUUCCAAACCCUGCGGGCUUGGUGAAAAACCUCCACAUCUCUG